UAUUGUAUUUAAAAAUGAAGGUUUUGUUCUACCAAUGUCGUUGAUGCUAAGUUGGUGAAAGGAAAAAUUAUGAUGUGCCAGUCAAACGAUGCCUCUAGCAUAUGCAAAUACAUAAAUUAUGCAAGCCGGACUUAAUUGCUCCCGGAGUAGAUAUCAUAGCUAGUUGGUCUCCGAUUUCUAUCGAAGGAAGAAAGUUAGGAUUUAACAUUGUGUCCGGAACAUCAAUGGCAUAUCCAUAUGUAUCAUGUGCAGCAGGAUGCAUCAAAUCCUUCCGUCCUAUUUGGUCUUUAUGCUGCUAUCCGAUAUCUUUGAUGACAACUGCCAAACAAUUGAGUGCGACAAAUAAUCAAGAUGCUGAAUUUGCUUAUGGAGCAGGUCAAAUUGACCCAGUGAAAGUUCUAAAUCCCAACUUAAUAUAUGAUGCUGGAAAAAUGGCUUACAUAAGAUUAUUAUGUAAAUUAGUCUACAAUAAAUCUGUUUUUUCAAAGGGUUGUUACAAUAUAUCAUAUAAUUCAAGGGGUUGUUACAAUGUAUCAUAUAUAUCUGUAGAGGAUUUGAAUUAUCCGUCGUUUGCUCUUAGAGCAUUGAACCCGCACAUUGUAAGGGGGACUUUCAAACGAACUGUAACAAAUAUUGGAUCUCCAUCCGGAACAUUUAUGGCAGUUUCUAAUGGACUCAACAUCUCAGUGAAGUCUGUUGUUUUAUCUUUCACUUCAAUAGGCAAAAAGAAAACAUUCAUUCUUACUAUAGAUGGAUCGAUCAAAGAGUCUAUUAUAUCUGCUUCUUUAAUUUGAAA